CUGAGCUACUGUUCCCCAUCAGUUUCCCUUGUGGAUGAAUAAAGUCUAAAGUGAAUUGAUUGGAAUUGAAAUGUAUUCCGCGGGCACGUCCCUGAAGGUAAAGGACAGCUCGACUAUGUGCAUUUAAAACCGCUGCCCACAUUUCCACAUUUCUUUCCCACCUGGUGCAAUCGUUUAGUGGAAUAAUAAGCCUGCAGCAUUUUCACCUCUCCGCCGUCUGCCUUUUAUUUUGAAAACAGGGAUUAGAGUUAGGCGGAGUUUGACGAGGGGUCGGGGCUUCACUCCGGGGUCCUGCUCAUUGGGUCUGCUCCUGCUCCAGCUGCAUAGCUCCACACUCACUUUCCCUGCCUGGUUUCCGACCGUCUCAAUCUACCGCACUGGAAUUUUCUUAUGUUACCGAAGCGUUGAAGCAGAGAGAAGCAGCAGCCUGUAAAUAUGUAACCGCACAAUCCUCUGACAUUAGUGUUUCCGUCGAGAGAAGAAAAAGAUGGACUCUGCUGUGAAAAACACCUCGAAGAAGUUGUGGCUCGGCAGUCUGCUUUGGUGGUCGCUCCUGGUCCAACUGGCGUCGGGAGCUUCCUUCUAUGGCGACGGCUUUGUACAGCUCAAGGCAACAGAGUCGUCGGACCAUAACACGCUUCGUGUUCGCUUCCGAACCUCCAGCACCAACGGCCUGCUGUUUCUGGCCGCUGGCAAGACCGACUACUUCCUACUAGAGCUCCACGCUGGUCGCCUGCAGCUCAAACUGGACCUUGGAUCAGGGGAGCAAGUGUUGGAAUCUGAGCGAGGCACCCAGCUCAACGAUCUGGCCUGGCACUCUGUAGAGGUCCACCACCUGCAAGUCAAUGUCACUCUGACUGUUGACAGAAACUCUCACUCGACUGUGAAGAUUCCAGGAUCCCAUCACAAUCUCGACAUAGUAGAUGGUCUCUAUGUUGGAGGCACAGGGGGCUUGGAUAGACUUUAUCUGCCCAGAGUGGUGAUGGGCUUCAGAGGCUGCAUGGAUGAUGUGGUCUUUAAUGAGUAUGACUUGCUGUCAUCACUGAGGCCCUAUAAUGGACUCAAGAAUGUCCAUGAAGUGUCUUUAGGCUGCAGCCCCCAGUUCUUCGCCACAGAGGAGGAUCCUAUCAGCUUCUUCAGCUCCAGGGCUUACAUUUCUCUUCCAACCUGGAAUACCCAUCAGGAAGCCGUAUUUGAGUGUGUCGUGCACACCUCGGCUAAAGAGGGAGUUAUCCUCUACAGUUCAGCCAGAGAGGGGGAUUUUGUGGCUCUAGAGAUUCAGGAAGGUUUGCCGGUGGCCAUUGUCGGGAAAGGUGUAACCAAAACCGAGCUUCGUUCACUCACAGUUAUUAAUAACAGAAAAUGGCAUUCCGUGAAGUUGCAUUUCAGUUCCAAAAAUCUUGAGCUAACUGUUGACGGAGAGAUGGUGAAAAGCGUUAUUGGGUCUCGUUCAAAGCUUAAAGGUCAUCUCUUUGUUGGAGGCAUCGAUGAUGGCACUAGAUCUGAAGCUAGAAAGGUGGGGCUUGUCUCUGUUUCUGGAAAGCGUGUCAGAGGAGGUUCCUUCAAAGGAUGUUUAAAGGACAUCACCGUCAACAGAGUUAAGAUGGGUCUGUCUAAUGCUGUAGUUACCAAAGAUAUCUCAGUUGGUUGUGAGCCAGAGAGAGAACCAGAAUCACCAACCACUGUGAGUCCCACAAUUAUACCAGGAUCCCCUUUUCAUUUGGUGACGCCAACACCGUCACUACACAUGUCCACCCUCGCAAGGGGUUUGGACAAAAAAUACGGCCCGAACUUUGUGCAACUUAGAAAUCUUGUAGUGCAGGAGGGGGGCCGAGCAUCUCUGGAGGCCAAACACAUCAAGGUUCUCUUGGACUUUAAGAAGCUUGGCAUUCGACAGUCUCAAAUUGUGUUCCGAAUUCGGGAACAACCCGUGCGAGGUCAGAUAAGGCUCGAUGUUGACCAGGACCAAGAGGAGAACACAUUCAGUAUGUUGGACCUUUGGCAUGAGCGAGUAAUGUACAUCCACGGAGGCUCUGAGGAACCAGAUGACUUCUUCAUGUUUUCAAUUUUCUCUAGUAGCAGAAAGCAGGUUCCUGAUUAUCUGAAUGGCAACAAAUUGUAUCGCUACAAUAUUUCUGUGACUCCCACCAAUGAUGCACCUGAAUUGAGUCUCCCUGAAGGAAAUCUCUUUGUCCUCUUGGAGAACUCAAAGAAACGCCUCACUACAGAUGUUCUGAAGGCCACAGACAUUGACAGCAACUACACUGACCUAGUCUUCUCUGUUCUUGGGAACCUAAAUGCUGAUGCAGGAUAUUUAGAAAUCGAGAGCAACCCUGGCAAGGCAGUGACCUCAUUCUCAUAUUUAGACUUGGAGGAACUGAGGGUGUACUAUGUUCACACAGGAGUUCGAAACUCAAGGAUAGUUCUUAGAGUUAGCGAUGGAGAAAAGGUCAGCAACACUGUGGUUUUAAGAGUUAUGGCUAUAACUCUGGAGUAUAAGAUUGCCAAUAACACUGGUCUUGAGGUCAUUCAAGGGGAAACAGCUAUAAUUGGUUCAAAGCAGCUGGCUGUGCAAACCAAUGCUGCGAAACAAGUUAUAGACAUUCGGUAUGAUAUAAUUGAAGCCCCACAGUAUGGAGAACUCCAGAGACUCCACUCAAGUGGCGAAUGGAGGCCUACUGACUCGUUUUCGCAAAGGCUCUUAGAAAAAGAGCGGCUCAGGUAUGUCAGUACUUACCAAGACAUCCAGAUCUAUAAUGCCACAGAUUACUUUAAGUGCAAAGUUACCGUGGCUACAAGGGCAACCACUGAAAUACUCUUUCCAAUCACUGUGAAGUGGGUGAAGUAUUUUCUCGCGAGGAACGUUAUGAUGGACUUGAAUAAAGUUAGAAAAGUGACACUAAACUCAGAGUAUCUUUUCGCUACAGCUGAAGGUGUGGCCCUCUCAGAGGAUGAUCUUUACUUUCGGGUUCUCACCACACCAAAGAAAGGAAAAAUCCUGCUCGACUCCACGGUCCUGAAGAAGAACUCCACCUUUAGCCAAAGAAAUGUAACAGAUCUAAAAGUCCACUACGAGCUAGUUGACAGACCUUACGAAGAUACAACCGACAGAUUCAAAUUUCACCUUUUUUCAAAACAUGCUCAGUCCCAAAACUAUGAUUUCCAGUUCUCCAUUAAAGCUGACGUCAACAGCGUGUUCAUGAGAAAUGAAGGACUUUUACUUCAGGAGGGAGAAAGUAAAGUUAUCACAAAAGAUGAGCUGUUUGCAGAGACCCUGAGUACAAAGGAUAUGUUCUACACGGUCAUAAGGAGCCCCCAACAUGGAAAGCUGGUUCGUAUUGCUCAGUCAAAUUCCAAUGCUAGCUAUGACAAUAUCUUAACCUUUAGUAAUCAGGAUAUAUUAGAGGAUCGGAUAAUGUACGUCCACGAUGACAGUGAAACCACUCAAGAUGAGUUCACUUUUAUAGCCUCCACCAGCCAAGUGUUCAAAUCUUACAUUGCAGAAGAUGAGAUUGGCUCCAAAGAAGGAACGUUCAAUGUAUCUAUUCAGCUGCUGAAUGACCAGAAGCCGGUUCGUGUUAUCGAUAAAGUUUUCCAUGUAGUAAGGGAUGGACAGAAGUUACUCACUAUAGAGGAUUUGCGUUACCACGAUGCUGACUCUGACUUUGAUGACGGCCAGUUGAUAUACACUCGACGUGGAAUACCAAUGGGAGACCUAGUCCUGGUUAAUGACACCACUCAUCGGCUGUUCCAGUUUCGGCAAAAGGAUCUGGAAGAAAAGCGAGUGUUGUUCAUUCACAAAGGUGUGAGCACGGGCAGGUUUGUGCUCUUUGUCUCGGAUGGAAAACAUUUUGUAUCAAGCCUUUUAGACAUCAGUGCACAUGACCCGUUCUUGAAGGUGGGCAACAACACCGGCCUCUUGGUUCAAAAGGGACAUUCGGUGACCUUUUCCACUAGCAACUUCAGCGUCGUGUCAAAUCUGGACAUCAGAGAUGACAAGGAGGUCAUCCUAAACUUGGAUGAAGCUCCCAAGUUCGGAAGUCUUUAUCGUGACCAAACAAAGGUGGAGUCGUUCACACAGUCUGACAUAAAGGAAGGGCUGAUCUCCUAUCGGCACAAUGACAGCAAACAUCUGGCAGAUUAUUUCAGCCUCAUGGUAAAAGCUAAAGGUCUUCAGCUUGUCGUGAAAAUCAGUGUGAAGGUUUAUCUGGAAAGUCAUCAGAGGCCGCCCAUCGUGCAGCACCGCAACAUUUUACUGGUGGAAGAGGGAAAACCGGGGAAGAUUGAUGAAACUAAACUACAGGUCACCCACGAGGACAACCUGCCAUCGGAGAUUGUGUUCACAGUCAAGGUGGCCCCAUCUCACGGCUUUAUCCGGCGUUUCGUCGAGGCGACGGAGCGCUACGUCGGAACCAAACAGUCCCCUGUCAGGACGUUCACCCAAGACGACAUCAACAGUGGCAACAUCCAGUAUGUGCAGACGGAGCCCAACAGAGUCGGCGACACCUUCGUUCUCGACGCCACCAACGGGAUCACUGACGUCUGCAACAUUACGAUGGCCGUCGACAUCAUCCCACUCCUCAUCCCGCUUCAAGUGUCCAAUUUCACGCUGAACGAGGGCGCCUCCAAGGCACUGACCCAGGAUGUGCUCAAAGUCAGCAACAGACACUUUUCUGGAAUCAACUUCUUUUUUAGUUUGACUGAGCCCCCCCAGCACGGUCACAUAGAGCACUCUCGACAUCCUGGUGUGCCCAUAACCACUUUCACCAGGAGGCAGGUGGAGCAUGAGUUCAUUUACUACGUCCACGACAGCAGCGAAACCUUAGCCGACAAUUUCACCGUGGUGGCCAAUGACACGGGCCUGAGGAAGCAGAGUGCAGCCCAGACGGUGUACAUCCAGGUUACAGCUGUCAACGAUGAGCCUCCUGUUAUUGCAGCCAACAGGGUCCUCAGGGUUUGGGUGUCCUCGGUGACGGAAAUCGGGCAGGAGGAUCUGAGAGCUCAGGACCUGGACACGCCCCCGGAGGAGCUGCACUUCAUGGUGACCCCACCCAGCAACGGACACCUGGCCCUGAAGAGCGCCCCCGUGAAGGCGGUGCUCAACUUCACCCAGGCCCACAUAGACCAGGGCCAGCUGCUGUUUGUUCACAAAGGUGCCAUGUCCGGAGGAUUCAGCUUCCAAGUAAAUGAUGGAGUGAACUUCUCUCCCAGACAGAUCUUCAGCAUCACUGCCAAAGCCUUAGUUCUGAUUUUGGAGAAAAACCGUCCGCUCAGGGUGUUUCCAGGUUCUUCCACCCCGAUCACAAAAGAGGAUUUGCGGGCAGUGACCAACGACAUGACCAACGCCUCGAGCCGCAUAAUUACGUUUAGCGUGAUUCGACAUCCUAAACUGGGCCGUCUGGUGAUGAGGCAGCCUGAUAAUUCGACGGUAGACAUCUCCACUUUCACACAGGACAUGGUGGACAGGAAGGAAGUUGUGUAUAUUCAAACCCCCAUCGAGUCAGUGGGCUGGGAAGCCAUGGACUCCAUGACCUUCUCUGUAGCUUCGCCUCCUGCGUCUAUUGACAGCCAGACCUUUAGAGUAGACAUCUCAUACGAGAAUACUGGACCUGAACACUACACGGUCCUUCUCGCUAACACAGGUGCUGAGGUGACAGAAGGGGACAGUGUCAUCAUUGACGAGUCCAAGCUCGAUGCUACUAACCUGAUGUCCAAGCUGCCGACGCCUCAGCGGGGCUCCAAUGAGGUCUGGUUUCAGGUGACAUCUCUCCCUGAACAUGGUGUCAUUGUGGUGGGCGAGAGAAACCUCACCAAGGAGAAACCCAACUUCUCCCAAUUCAUCGUCAACAAAUACGGAAUCACCUACAGACACGACAACUCGGAGACAACUCGUGACUCUUUUGUAUUUACCACGUGGCUCAAUCCGAAGGGCCAAACUGCACAACUCCCUCAAGAUGACAGCGAUGUUGUUGUGGAGCGUUUUAACAUCACGAUCACACCUAUAAAUGAUCAGCCGCCUUUGCUGAAAACUAAAGCUCCGAGUCUGAAGGUGGUACAAGGAGAUACGGUAGCUAUCGGGCCUGAGAAUCUAAAAGUUGAAGAUUUCGACAAUCCUCCUGAUGAUAUUAAGUUCUCUGUGAUUAGCCAGCCAAGUAAUGGUUACCUAGCUCUCGGUGGAAGUUUGAACGAGUCGAUAGCUGCCUUCACCCAAGGCCAAAUCAAUAACAGAAGUGUCUAUUUUAUCCACGAUGGAAGCUCUGUCUCGGGGGUGUUCUACUUCAGUGUCACAGAUGGCCAUCAUAAACCUAUAUAUAAACUUUUUAAUCUAGAAGUGACGGAAAUCACCGUAUCCCUGGUCAACUGUACUGCGCUGACUCUGCAGCAAGGUAGUACUUCAGUGACUCUGACCCAGGACAACCUUGCUGCUGAGACCAAUGGUAAAAACGCCACGAUCCACUACCGCAUUACAAGGCCUCCGCUCUUUGGUAAACUUCUGAGGGACAGCCAAGAGGUUACUCAAUUCAAACAAGGGGAUCUACGGGAUGGAAGGUUGUCCUACCACAUGACCUCCCUUUCCUCUUCAGAUGACAGCUUUGAGUUCACUGCUUUCACUUCUGAGGCAAAUCUGACUGGCCAAGAGCUUAACGUCACUGUCAGUCCUUUGAUCCAGGUUGGCAAAGGUUUGAGGAUUCCCAACGGGAUUACUGUCAAACUCAACCCUAGCUUCCUUAAUGCCUCUGAACUGGCUAAUAUUAGUGACAGUGACCCUGUCUUUGAAAUUAUAUCCCAUCCAAAGUAUGGGAAGGUGGUUCGGAAAAAAGCUAAAGGGUCCAGGGAAGCUGAGUCCUUCACCUAUCGGGAGGUGGUGGAGAAGAAGGUAGCCUUAGCACUGAACGCCAACAUGACUGGAGUUCAAGAGCUGAACGACUCACUGGUGUUUGUGUUGAAAGCUGAUAACGUUCCACCUGCUAAAGGGGAGUUCCACUUUGCAGUUGUGCCAUAUGAUCCAGCAUUUUUUCCGACCACAAAGAGUCCCGCUCCAACCACAUCAUCCGUUCCUCAGACACCAAUCCAGCCGUCCAGAAAUGGAACCGCUUCCCCGGUCUUGUCUACAGUAUUUCUCUCCACCCAGCAACCAAGCAAAAACCAGCAAAAAUUCAAGGGUCGCAGCCGCUGGGGGAACUCCAACAGAACUAGCGUUUUCAGUACCACUCUUGGCAAACCCCCUCAAACUGAGGAGUUCCCCUUUAGGAACACACCAGUCCGUGUAGAGUCUUACCCUCAAAAAUCCUCCAGUCCGCUCCUGGUCAUCUUACCGCUGUUGGCCCUGCUGCUGCUUGUAAUCAUUUUUGUGGUUCUGGUUGUCUUUCUUCGACACCACAGGCAAAGGAAGCAGAGCACUGCUGCACCGCAGGAGCUAACCACCACCGGCCUUCCAAGCAGCGAGUCUUACCAGGGCCAGACCCAGAGAAGCACAACUGUUCCCACUGUGACUGUCACUCCUUUAAACCUGAAUUGCCCAGGGAGCCCUGUUCUCGAGCGGUUAAUGAGUCAGGGCUCGGCUUAUAACACCACUGAUUCAAACAUGCUCAUGAGCUCUUGGAGUAAUGGCUCCGAGGCAGCAUCUUCCCAAAUUAUUCGAACCGCCACACCCACUCUGCAAAAGAAUCAGUACUGGGUAUGAUUUUGCACAAAACCAACUAUUAAUAUACAUGUUGGAGAAUACCGUUAACAGGCUUUGAUAUCAGAGUGACAUGUUUUGCACAUUUAACUGUCACCUGCUGCAGGUACUGAUCAGUGUUUUCACGUAUAAAGAUUCAUUGCUAGAGACAAAUCCAGAAUUAAAAGUGCGGAUCAAUGGCUCAUUUUGGCCUCUUUUAUUUAAUUUCUUUUUUAAGUCCAUAACUACAUGACUAAUUUUUCUCAUGCUCAUAAGCCCUAGCGGCACAUAAGUCGUCUAAUGGCAAUUUGACAAAGUCAGCAACUAGUUGAGGGAGAGAGGUGAAAUAUUUAGCGGGCUAAAGUUUUUAUGAAGGGCUGGAGGAGGCUUAGCUAGAGCUAAAAGUUCACCAUAUGACCAGAAACACAUCUCCAGCAUGGUGAUAAUCAUUCUCUGAGUACACAGGAUGGGUGAUGUUUAGUUCUUAUGUCUCUGUUGGCCAAAAUUGUGCAUUGCGCACUUUCAAGGAUUGCUAAAGCUUUGAGUUUUCUGUGUUGCAGAAUCCACUGCAACUCCAGUUUACAGUCCAACACCACCCGCAGUUGUACACAGAGUUCUUGGGAGAGAAUUGACUCACUUGAGUGUUCACUAAGUGGUUGCCUCCACUUUCAUUAUUACACAGGAUGAAUGUUACAAUCCCUUGUGCCAAGAUCCGAGGCAAGACACGUUUAGAAACCCAGUUCAACUGAAAAACCGACCAGCAAACUAACAGUCACCUACCAACUAGCAACCGGCAAGAAGACACCAGCUAACUACCCCAGCCAACAACCCCAGCCAACAGUUGUAGUAAAUUAUACUCUUGUGUCUGUGCCUGGUAUAAUCACUACCCGUUAUCUGGUCCUCGUGCAUGUCGAAGUUUCUCCCGUUGAGGGUUACAGCACUCAGACAGGAAGAUGACGCCAGUGACGGCUCGAAACUGUGAAUUACGAAGACUGACGUGUUUCUGGCACAGAGCAUUUCAACUGAUUGUGCAGAUUUUAUAUUGUUUUUAUGUAUUAUAUGUUAUAGUAUAGCAGCUUUCAUUGUAAACUCAGGUACUUUGUUAUUUUUGACCGUUGCAUGUAUCGUCGCAUUAACACUACCGGACUGAAUAUUUUUUUAAAAAGCCCCUCAGAUGACAGCGUGGCCGUUCAUUGAAAUGUUUUUUUUUCUUUGUAGGCCAUUCUUCAUGGUUUUAUUUUACUACGUACAGUAUUUUUAUAUUUUAAAGAAGCACGUGCACACCAAUCAAGGCACUGAUGUUCUAUAAAAAUGCACAGAUAAACUAAAUUCUCCCCACAUUCAGCACAAUUAAAAUUCUUUUAUAAUCUGUCUAGGGGUGAAGAGAUAGUGGGACCACAUACCUUUGAGGACACUGAGCUGCUAAUGCUUACCCUAAGACACUGGGAUUGACCUGAAAUCUUAAAUAAUCUUCCUUUGACUGAAACAAUCACUGGUAUUUAUAAUAUUAUUUAUCACUGAUAAGCCUGUGUGAACAUUGACUACUAUAGGUUGACACUGUAAUGAUGUAUCUACUGUAAAUUGACACUACUGCUAUGGGAGAUGAGAGCUCCGCCCAUAAACCACUGUAUACGUAUAUUAUGAAAUAAUUUUUGUACUGAAGAGAACUGUCUGUCCAGUGUAUUCCAGUCUCAUCUGAACGAUGUAGCUUUACCGUGUCAUAUUUAUUUAUACCGUAUUUUUAAUAAACCACUUUUAAAGAGCA